AUGGAUCAGUCACAGUUUCGGGCAGCUGCGCAUUCUGCCAUUGAUGACAUCAUCAGCCACUUUGAUUCUAUGCCUGAAAAGAGAGUCCUGCCAACUGUGGAACCAGGAUAUCUUCGUUCACUCGUACCAGAGAAUCCUCCUGACGAGCCGGAAGAAUGGGCUGCCAUCCAAAAAGACAUCGACUCCAAGAUCAAGCCUGGCUUGACUCAUUGGCAGUCUCCAAACUUCAUGGCAUAUUUCCCAGCAGGAGUGACCUACCCCAGUAUUUUGGGUGAGAUGUACUCUGCUACAUUCAAUGCUCCCGCUUUUAAUUGGCUUUGCUCCCCGGCAUGUACGGAGCUCGAAACUAUUGUCAUGGACUGGAUGGCGAAAGCCUUCGGUUUGCCUGAGUGCUUUUUGAGCUCCUCCAAAGGUGGAGGCGUCAUCCAAAACAGUGCUAGCGAUGCCAUUGCCACUGUUAUUACCGCUGCCAGAGAGAGACGAGCACGCGAGCUGGCACUGGCGGAUGGCAUGGAGGAAGAUACUCCGGAAUAUGAGGAUCGAAAGAUCGAGCACCAGGGAAAGCUGGUUGCCAUUGCUAGCGACCAGACACACAGCAGUGCUGCAAAGGGCGCGUUGAUUGCUGGUACUCGUUUCCGCAGUGUGCAGACCCAGCUCGUAGACAACAUGGAGAUGACUGCCCCACGCCUCCGAAAGGUCUUGGAGAAGUGUGAAGAGAGCGGACUCAUUCCCUAUCAUUUGACAAUGACCCUCGGAACUACAAACUCCUGCAGCAUGGAUCGGUACGCCGAGAUCCUGGCUUUAUUGAGCGAGAAGCCUGAAUGGCAACGAAUUUGGGUCCACGUCGAUGCUGCCUAUGCUGGCGCUUCUCUGAUCACGGAGGAGUGUAGUCACAUUGCGAAGAAUUUUGCAGAGGGUGUUGAUAGCUUCAAUAUGAACAUGCACAAGUGGCUUUUAGUCAACUUUGACGCGAGUCUUCUUUUUGUUCGAAACCGUGUUGAUCUAACCAAUGCAUUUGAUAUGACGCCAGCAUACCUUCGCAACGCUUAUUCGGACUCGGGAGCCCUACGGCUUGAAUGGCAUGAAGGCAUAUAUUCGCAAGACCAUGGGCCUUGGAAUAUCUACGCGGAUCUGAUUCGUGGACGGUCCGACCUCUUUGAGAUUGUCACAAAACCGGCAUUCGGCUUGACUGUAUUCCGCGUGAAGAACCCUCAGGCCACGACCAAUGGCUCUCAUGAAACAAAUGGCACGAUUGCGUUGUGCAAGAGGGAUAAGGAGUCUGAUAGUUUGACUAAAAAGGUGUAUGAGCUUGUCAACUCUAGGGGUGAGAUAUUCAUCACCUCUACUGUGAUUGAUGGUGUCUAUGUCAUUCGGGUUGUCAGCACCAACCCCAUGGCUGAGGAGAAGUAUGUUCGCAAUGCCUUCGACAUUAUUGUUCGUACAACCGAGGAAGUACUCCAGCAGGAAACCUAG